UAGGCGUUCUUCCUUAUUGUAAAUUUAACGCCGCAUGUCCUCCCUCUCUGUUUCCCGUCGGAGGAUUAUCCGGGGGACUGCCUGACAAAUACACAUCGCCUGUUACACCCAUCUGCUGCUCUCCGGUGCCUGACUCUACUACAGCGGCUGCGUCGUGAGGGUUUCCAGUGGCCUCCUGGUAUCAUCGCUGCCCAGAUACUAGAAAUAAUUACCUAGUCAUGCAAUGGCUUUUGGAGAGCUACCAAAAAAGGACUGGUACAGUAUUCUGGGUGCAGGACCAUCAGACAGUUUAGCAGAACUGAAAAGGAAAUAUCAAAGGCUAGUUCUUUUUUAUCAUCCAGACAAACAGAGCGCAGAUGUGUCAGCAGGAGAAGUGGAGGCGCGCAUGCAGAGGUUCAUCGAAAUUGAUCGAGCGUGGAAAAUUCUAGGGAAUGAAGAGACUAAAAAAGAGUAUGACCUGCAGCGGCGUGAAGAUGAAUUAACACAAGGAUGCCCAGCGGAUGCUCAGGUUUCACUUGAAGAUAUGGCCUGGAAUCACAAUGAUAACUGUUAUUCUCUCACAUGCCGAUGUGGUGGAAAAUACACUGUCUCCAAAUAUGAAGUUGAAGAUGUUUCUCUAGUAUGCUGUGACACUUGUUCUCUACUUAUAGAGAUUCUUCGAUAACCCAACAAUUCAUCUUGAUUCAAGCAUAAAGGAAAUGCAAAAGGGGUAUCUCGUUUAACUGUGCCAGUAAAUAUGGUUGUGGAAAAAUGCAUGAUGAGUGUUAAGAACAAAGUUAGGACAAAAAGUGUUUUGUGUCCAAAUGAGCUCUUCUGAAAAUCUAUGCAAAUGAUGCUGUAAAGGUGCCUUUUAGUUUGAACUGUCAUAUCCUAAAAUAGUAGUAUUUAAUACUAAAGAUGGAACACAAUGUCACACGAUUGGCCCUCUGUUUGUGUAGUGUGUUUUUCUCCUUCCAUCUCCAGCCACCAAGAGCGGAUUGUAAGCAUGUGCAGGUAGGAUGGGGAAUCACCCUAUUCUGCUGACAAGCUAUUCUAUCAGUGGGAUGAAUGAAUUGGAUAUCACCCUAAAUUUCCUCUGUGUACUUCAAAUAGUGACACACCUCCAUGUCAUUCCCAUAUUCUGGUGCAGAGAUUACGCCUUUCUGAGGAUAUUACACCCUUUAGCCAAGAUGAAACUACACAAAUUUUCAACUGAAAAGUGUUUUUAUGAAAGCAGAUAUGCUGCAAUUUUAAAACCAAUUUAAUGCAAUAUGCAGUAGUAAUAUUUUGCAAAAAUGGGAGAUAGGUGCAAGUCAGCCUGUAGGGAACUUUUUUUUUGCAAGCCCCAGUCCAUCUAAUUAGGAGACUUGCUAGAUGUGGGAGGGGCAGGGAGCUUGAUGGGCACCAAGUGUUUUGUGUGGGCACUUGGGUUCCUACUGGUUCCACUGUGGAGGCCCCAGUACUAGCGUAUACUAAUCCCUAUUCAAAAGGGCUAGCAAAUAUAUUCACAAUAGAUUGUAAUCAUUUCCUGAUGAAAAAUGCUACAUAUCUGAAAUUGUAUUCAUCUCAACAAAAUCUCGUCAUCUUUCCACCAUAUGCCAGAUUAAGAAUAGUCCCAUAUAAAAUUACAUAAUGCUUGCAUUCAGAACUGCUAGUAGUUCCAAUACAUGUAGUUAGCACAAAUCUAAGUGGUUCUGAGCAGAAAAAACAUACUUGAUAUGUGGCUGACCAAUGAUCAUAAGGAUUUUUCUGUUCUGUGUAAAAAGUUAUAAAUGAAGGCAUAAUACAGAAGACUUUUAAUGAAUGUAGAUUGUUUCAAUCAC